AUGGCUUCUAAUGUCCCUGUGAUUAAGUUUGGGAUUAGGGAAAUAACAUGGUCAGAUUAUAAUUUUAAGACCCCUAUUUUAUUGCAAGACCAAAAUGGCCCAUGCCCAUUGAUAGCAUUAAUCAAUACUUUACUUUUAAAACAUGAAAUUCUCAAUAAAAACACGGUGUUUGACGGCUUACUGUUUGAUGACAUACAAAUUGCUAAAGUUAAAAAUGUUGAGAGUUUAAAAGAUUUCUUGAGAUCUAGAAAGCAGGAUGGCAUUGAGCUUGAGGAGAUCUUAGCCAGGACGGGAGAUUUGUUAUUAGUAUUUGGAAACGAUAAAUCAUCCGAAUUUAAUGUCGAUAAGCUAUUGGAAGGCUUGCCUAAACUUCAUACUGGGUUAUCUGUAGAUCCUGACCUUACAAACGGUACGUUUCCUAAUGGGGAUAUUUCUAGUCAGUUAUUCAAAAUCUUUGAAUUAAGACUAAGACACGGCUGGUGUAUUGAUGAAAUAAAAAUAUCUUCGAAAGACCAAAAUGACAUACAGUUGGAGGUAUUACGCCUUCUACAUGAUUUGAAGACUUUUGAUAAAGUUCAAGAUUUUCUUUUGCUUGACGUAAACGAAUUGAACGAACCAAAUGAGGAAGAAAAACAAAGGAUUAGACGGGAUCAGAAUUUAGUAAAUAAGUGGCUUAAGGACAAUCAAAGUCAAUUGACCACAAUCGGAUUAGGAAGAUUAAAUUCAGAAAUGGAAGCAGAGCAGUUGGUGGUGUUUUUUAGGAACAAUCAUUUCAACUCACUUUUCAAGAAAUCAGACCAUGAAUUUUAUCUUUUAAUCACCGAUGAUUCAUUUCGUGAGACACCUAUAGUAUGGCAAUCUUUGAAUUCGGUGAAGGGAAACGAGGAUUUGUUCUUCGACGGUGAGUUUUGUCCUAUCUUCGAUACAAACAUAACGGCCAAAGAGUCUUUAGAUAAUGAUUAUUUACUUAUGAAGAAGUUACAGGAAGAAGAAGAUAUACACCUCGCAAAAAAACUUCAAAAAAAUUAUCAUGAAUCCGAAAAGGAGAAUGGAAAAUUGCUUAAGAAAAACAUUUCUCAAAAGAGUUCGACAUCGAGCCAGAAAGAGACUAAAAAGGAGAAAAAGCUGAAAUGGAAAUGGUUUAAGUAG